CCGGGUCUGCGUGCGCUCGCUGAGCAGCCUGUCUGUUUGAAUGCGCUGGGUACUGGAGGGGAUCAUUUCCAUGGACCAUCUGUCUCGCUGGCUACCCACACAACAAAGAAGGACCCAGGAUGGUGUUAGUACAUGUUGGAUAUCUGGUUCUCCCCGUCUUCGGCUCAGUUAGAAAUAGAGGAGCACACUUCACCAGGCAUCAACACAGCCAUGCUACCUCCUGCCGACACUUUGCCCUGGGCGCUCCCCAGGCACCCAUCUCAGCAGAGUUCCCUCUGGGACACGCCAGCCAGCCACCUCAGACCGGUCUUGCCCCCCACCUUUCCCCCCACCUGCCCCCGGCACACCACCCGCCCCUCACUACCCUGCCCGCACCCCCUCAGUUCCAGGAUGUGCCGGGGCCUCCAUUCCUACCUCAGGCCUUACACCAGCAAUACCUCAUACAGCAGCAGCUUCUUGAAGCGCAGCACCGCAGGAUCCUCCCGCACUCCAGAAGAACCCAGGAGCGUAUUCCCCUGAACCCUCACCGACUGCGCUCGGGCUACGAGUUCUCCCCUCCCCUCCACGUUCCCCAGCAAAUGACACAGCAGCAGCGGUACCUGGCCGAAGGCACCGACUGGGAUCUCAGUGUUGAUGCUGGCCUCCCUCACCACCAGUACCAGCUCCAGCAGCUUCCACAGCACUAUCAGCAUUACCUGGCCUCCCCUCGAAUGCACCACUUCCCCAGGAACACAUCCUCUGCACAAGUGGUUGUGCAUGAAAUCAGAAACUACCCGUACCCCCAGCUGCACCUGUUGGCCCUGCAAAGUCUGAAUCCUUCGAGGCACGCCACCGCCGUGCGAGAAAGUUACGAGGAGCUGUUGCAGCUGGAGGACCGGCUGGGGAGUGUCAGCAGAGGAGCGGUUCAGACGACCAUAGAGCGAUUCACCUUCCCACACAAAUACAAGAAGAGGAAGCCCCUGCUGCUGAAGAUUGAGGAGGAGGAGGAGGAAACAGAUGUGGAUGAGAAAUGCACCAUCUGUUUGUCCAUGCUGGAGGACGCAGAGGACGUCAGGAGAUUGCCCUGCAUGCACCUCUUCCACCAGGGCUGCGUGGACCAAUGGCUGGCCACCAGCCGAAAGUGUCCGAUCUGUCGAGUUGACAUCGAAACACAGCUGAACCCUGACAGCUGAUGAGGUUUCAGCCCCCCUCCUUGUCGAUCACCCUAGAGUGGUUCCUGCUUUCUUCCACCUCGGCUUGCUGGCCACCAUCACCACCACCACCACCGCCACCCUCCCCACUCCUCCCCCGUAGGGUGCUUUGCCAAAUGUCUCCGGACUUCAUGUGACAUCACCACCCUUCUGACUCACGCUUUACUGAGCCAAGCCAGGAAAACUAACUGCAAGAGAGGCCAACUCUUUUGAUAUAGAAGCACAUCCCUCUGGAAGGAAAAGACACACACACAAACACACACACACACGCACACACACACACACACACACACUCAUGUACACAGGGUUUACUCGUAGCUUGCUGGUCGUAAGUGGGGUGUUGUUGCUGUUGUGGUGUUGUACUGUAGGUAGUCCUGGGCUGUGUAGCAUGUCCUCAAAGCCAUGACUUAAUGUCCUGAGAGUGGAAAAACACAUAACCCCACACUAAGCUGGCUACGUCCUCUCUCUUUCUCUCUCUCUCUCUUUCUAUAUUUAUAUAAAUAUAUAUAAAUAUAUAUUUCUCUCUUUUCAAACACACUUAAAAUCUGCCACACACGAAAGCUUAACAAAUGCUCUGAUGCCAUGUUUACCUAAAGAUCAUUUGUGGUCGUAGUAGAGUAGCAGUAACCAACAAGUGAUAUCUGAUGCUCUG